AAAAAGACAGACAUAUUCUUUGAAUUACAAGUAGCAGCGGACAAGCAAGGCCCCUUUCAGAUUCUCUGCUUAUUGACUCUGUCCAAACUCCACACAGAGGAAGACACUGCUUGCUUGUGAUAAUGGCUCCGCUUGAAAGACCCAGAAAGAAAGGAAAUAGACGGUUGGACGCUGCUCUGGACGCCAUGGCUGCCAUGGGGUUUUCUGAGAAAUUGGUUUCUGAAACAGUCGAUGAACUCUUGAAAGUUUAUGGAGAUGAGGGAUGGAUCUUCAUUGAAGAGACUUCUUAUCUGCUCCUCAUAAACGUCCUUCUUCAGAAACAAAAUGACAAUUCUGGUCAAAAGGAUACUUCAUUACGAGAUGGAGAGAGAGACAGAGAAGAUACUGAAACAUCAGUAGCUGGGACUUCAGCAACCAAUGAAUCUUUGGACUCUGUCUCACUAAGUAAUAACUAUGCUGUUAAGGAGUGUCUCCCAAUAGGAGAAGCAGAAAGAGGCAUGAGAAAUAUGGACCUGAACUCUGGGAAAAGGAAUGUGGAUUUUAUUGCAGGACGCAUUGUUAAGGAUUCUGGAUCUGCUAAAUAUCAUAGGAAUAUCCUCGGUGGCUCCCAGCAAUUGGUGGAUGGUGUUUCAACCGGGACACGUAGACCUUGCUAUGGCUGGCUUUCUGAAGAUGAGGAGGAUGAUCAUGUGGAACCAUUGCCACAAUGUUCGGAAAAGUUGCUUGUUGGACGGAAUAGGAAGAGAAAGCGCAAGACAAGGUGGGAUGAGAGGCCUGAAGUUAUUUAUCUAUAAAAUGGAGAAGACAACAGAUUUUGCUGAAUGGGCAAAAGAAAUUCUAGUAGCCCCGAGGCCGAGGAAGCCUAUAAUACCUCCAAAAUGAAAGGGUCUUUAAGCAUUUAGAACUUUGGAAUGAACUUUUUUUUUUUUUUCCCUAUUUAAAAAAAAAUGUUUUCAUAAUACCAAUUAAAUAUUUAUUUUUUUGAUAAAUUACCAAUCAAAUUUAAUACCAAGCAAAAUAUCAGGAGGCUCUCAAUAAAAACUUAAUGGUUUCUAAUAUUCUUUUUUUUUUUUUUUUUUGAAAAGAGAAUAAAUACUAAUUUAAU